AUGGUUAUCAGACACCGAUUGGAGCCCAUUACUUCAAUCACCAAUGAUCUUUCCAACUUCUGCGCCCUAGGCACACUUUUCUUCUAUGCUCUUCCAAGAGUGCCUGCUAACGGUGCAGAAGCACCUGAUGGCUGGUUCUGGUUUGAUACGCCAUUUAACUAUAACCUGGUGUUGUUUAGCCCAUCGGCUGGUGGAAACAGGACUUUUUCGGCGAUUGUCGCCGAUAUUCGUUAUUUGGUGGACCGAGGCUAUCUGAGGGUUACCUACCGUGUUUUCCAGUUGCACGGCCUGGAGACUAUAGCUGUGGUGCGAUUAUAUGCCUUACCAGCAGAUGUGAAGGGCAACACUGUUGUUCGUGAGUUUAGAGAGACUAUUUCCAGGUUCAAGAAGACAUCGGCGCAGGAUACCAAGUAUAGGACGGUGAUGGGCCAGUUGAUCGGUGUGUUGGAUUACACCGCAACGGCUUGGAAUAUCUCAUCAUCUGAUCAACUAAUGGACCAUAUCCGAAGUGGUACUCUCCUAUUUCCAAUGACAUCUCCCUGGAGUGAGUUUAGCCUGAAAAAGGUGGGUUCCACUAAUAAGCUUUGGCCCAACGAAGAGCAAAGCUUAUCUUUUGAAUUGAAAAGAAUGGCAGAGGAGUGUUCCAUCCUACCAACUGGUCCCACCUGGUCAAAUGCAAGAAACCAAAGCUCCAAUGUCAGAGCUGAGGAGAGACUGUUGGAGGCUUACGAGAACGUUAAGUCACCUUCGUUUGCACAUCUCAACUCGGAUAAAGUCUCCAAACUACAGAAGGAAAUCAUUCAUUCGAUUUUGAGCGAUGAGAUUCCGGGACUUAAAAGUGAUCUUUACACAUAUCAAAGACAGUCUGUGGCCAAAAUGCUUGAAAGAGAGUACUUCCCUGUGAGGGCAGUAAUGCCAAAUCUUUUGCGAGUGACUUCGACUAAGCAACUCGCAACCAAAGCCAAAGAUUUUUUCUUUGAUAUGAAUACAUAUCAGAUUGUAAAUUAUCCUGAGACUUUCACCACGCCUAGAGGAGGCAUUCUGGCGGAGAAUAUGGGCCUAGGAAAGACCCUGAUCUGUCUAGCCCUAGUAUGUGCUUCGAAGCUUGAGCUUUCUGUGAUUCCACCUCAACACCAUUUUUAUGAAAGAAGCGAUCCUCAGGUACAGUCACUUUCAACUUAUUGUGUGCGUCAAAUCGGAAAGGAGUCAAUUCCCUGGAAAGCCUAUAUAGAUAGGCUGCCCAGUAACUGCAUUCGAUUGCUGCAAGAAUACACAGGGUUCUUUGAGGUUAGUGAAGCCGAUAAUAUGAUGUCUAUGCUUAGAAGAACUCGUCUCAGGUCUGAGAGCGAUAUGACCCGUUUUGAGAAACGAAAAGUGUAUCUUUGCUCCACUACUCUGGUGGUAACUCCAGACAAUAUAUGGCACCAAUGGACCCAUGAAAUUGAAAAACAUGUCAAAGAUGGGUAUUUGAACGUUCUUUAUUUCAGAAAUAAAGAUUCACUUUUGGGAGUGGACCACAAAACCAUCAUAGCCUCCGACAUGGUGAUCAUGGCUAUCUCGUGUUUCACCAGUCCAGCUUCUGUCUCACUCAUGAAAAAUAUCCAUUGGAAAAGGUUUAUCAUAGACGAAGGUCACAGUAUGACGUCCAAGACUUCAAAUGCAGUUUAUCUUGCAAAAGAGAUGUCUGCUGAUCGAAAAUGGGUCAUAACCGGUACUCCAACUGCAGGUCUCACACGGCUUCAUGUGAAUGAAGAACAGGAUAAGGCUGAACAAAGUUCCGUUUAUACUGCAAAAAAGACUUUUGAUGCCAAAGAUGAUCUCAGCCGUAUUGGGGCCAUUGUCCAGAAUUUUUUGAAGAUCGACCCUUGGGCCUCGUCCUCAAAGUUAUGGAGAAGCUCCAUUCUGGAGCCUUUCCUUGCGGCUCCCUACAACUUUGAUAUCCAAUUGCAAGAGUUUCUAUCGUGCGUGCUGGUAAGACAUAGUAUGGCUGAUGUUGAAACAGAAGUGAAACUUCCUCCUCUUCAUCAUAUGGCUGUGUUUCUGGAACCGUCCUAUUUCGAUAAGUUGUCCAUCAACCUUUACACCGCUGUAUUGGCAACAAAUGCAGUCACUUCCGAACGAACAGAUCGUGACUAUAUGUUCCAUCCCAACAAUAGACCUCAGCUCCGGAGGUUGAUCACAAAUUUGCGUAGAGCAACGUUCUUCUGGACAGGAUUCACCAUUGAUGAUCUUGAUGCUCUGGUAGCAAUCUGCAAAACCGCACUGGAGAAGAAAGAUGAUGCAGGUAACCAUUACUAUUCUCCAGAGGAUCGACAAUUGCUUGUGAAAUCGGUGUAUUUUUCCAAAAAAGCACUGGCAAACCCAAGAUGGCGUACUGCUUCUGCUAUCCAGGAGAUGAACUAUUACGUUGAAGGGCUCCCUCAACUUUUCACGAGUAGUUUGUCAAUUGAGGUUUUCAGCAAAGACAUUUCCGUAUAUGGAGCACCUCAGUUGCUAAUGGCACAAAGAAUAUUUCUCAAAAAUAGAUUUGUGCGUUCCAAUGAGCUCUUGGAGACUAGGCUUCUUGAAGAGGUCAGACCAUUUUGGGCAAACUACUGGAAGAAGGCCGCCGGCAAAACUCGUCGUCGCGAAAACGAUCGCAACGGAAUAUCCGAGAAGAUCAGUUAUGUUGAAGGUAACUCUCAAAAGAUUCAACAGAAUGGCUCGGCUCCGAAACACACAGGGACCCUGGUGACGACUACCGGUGGUAAGAGAAGACUGAGUGACUCUUCAAACGAAGCAAUGAUAAGCUUGAAGAAGGACUCUCAGAUUCAGAAUCUGGUAAAAAAUGCACACGAAAGUGACGUGGAAACAGCCACCUUGCUUGGGAAGAUCAAGACCUCCAGGAUCGUUGGAACGGCUUCAGCCAAACUAUCAUACAUGGCAGCCAGGCUUCUGGAGCAUCAGCUAGAGGGCACCAAAAGCAUUGUUUUCUAUGAGUUUGAGGAUUCCGCGUAUUAUCUGACGGAAAUGCUGGAUAUUUUGGGUGUUGGUUACCUCAUGUAUGCCACAUACUUGAAAGCAGCUGAUCGGCCCAAGAACCUUGAUCAGUUCAGCGACAGUCCAAACGGACUGGCUCUUAUCAUGGAUCUGAAGCUAGCAGCACACGGACUAAACAUCGUGGCAGCAACCAGGGUAUACUUUCUCAACCCUGUCUGGGACAGAGCUGUUGAGGCACAAGCAGUGAAGAGAGCCCAUCGUAUUGGCCAGAAGAAUGUGGUGAGAGUAGAGACGUUGAUGUUGAAGAACACCAUUGAGGAGGAGAUGUACAACAAGAGGUUCAAGGAUGGAAAUGAGAUCAACGAAAUCAGUGAUCAUGACCUGAUAGACGAUUCAGGAAUGCAAGAGUUCGUGAUGAGACAUGAUUUCUUGAGGAUCAGGAAUGGAGAAGAGGAGCAAAAGCCCGUAGUGGCACCUGCCGUCAACGUGGAACGCAGACUCUCUACUUUUGGCACCACUGAAACGGACGGGUACGGUUUAUUGGAACCAAAAGGCUCUCUCCAACCAGAUGGAUCGAGAAUAUGGGAUUUGCCUCUCUUUUCCCAAACAAGUUUGGAAAGACUGAGCGAGCAUAUGUCCAAGGUCAAGGAGAAGAAGGCCGUUGCGAACGAGGCAGCACCGAAACCUGCGGAGAAAAGAGUCAAGUUCAUCUGA